CCUCGUCUCCUACCGAUUGCAACACUAUGACCAACUACAUUGUACCGGCAUCAAUUUUCGCUCUUGUCCUUGCCAUCUUCCCUCGCCUUCGAAAAUUCGUCUUCACUCGCUCGAACACAAUUGUCAGUCACCACGAAAAAACUCAUGUCAAUCCAGACGAAGGACUGUUCUCCAGAGCGCAGGUCGACGAACGCUUCGGGGAAGGAUCGUGGCAGCGCGCAGCCUACGACAACUACACCAAUGUUAUAUUGAACGAGGAGCUUGUCUUUCCGUGCAUCUACGCGACGAAGGGGUUCAAGACAGAUGAUCAACUCUACAUGUUCAUUGAUUCUGACGACCUCUCAGACCCUCGCCACAUUCGCCACCUUGUCGCUAAUCUUCAAGUUUACCUUCCUCAGUCUCGCGCCCUCGGCCCCAACACAUCCCUCGUCCUCCUCGCCAAGAUUAACGACAACCCCCGCUCGAUCGAGGAAUACAACGAUCUAUUCUGGAAAAUGCUCGACGGUGCUGCCCAGCGCGACAUCAAACCCUGGCCAAACAGCAUCCCCCGCGACAUGGACACUGACAAGUGGUGUUUCUGCUUUGGCGGAGAGCCGUUUUUCACUGUCAUACAGACGCCCGCCCAUCAGAUCCGUCGGUCACGCCACGCCAGGGGCGUCACCAUUGUCUUCCAACCCAAAUGGAUUUUCGACAUUCUCUUCAGCACCCCCGCGAAGCGCGUGGGCGCGCUAGCCAAGGUCCGCGCGCUCCUGGCGAAGUAUGAUCCGAUCCCUGUCAGCCCUGAGUUGAAGGACUAUGGAGCCAGUGGAUCGAGAGAGGCGCAGCAGUAUUUCCUACUUGACGAGAACAUCCCAGCCCCGUAUCCAUACAAAAUGCUGUCUUCCCCAAAAGUCCUUGCCUAGCAGCCCGUGCGUCGUGACAUUAUUGUCAAGUGCCCCUUGUGAUGCACGGAGUCGGAACUUAUGAUGACCCAUCCUGUUCAUACCAAUACCGUUUGAUCUUGUUUGAUUUAUACUGUGUCACAAUGACGGUUGUUGUAUAUGUAAAUCAUUGUCGCUGGCUUUAAAAAAUGUGGGGCAGGUGUUCUCAUGUGUACCGCUC